AUGUUGCCAAGAGGUGUUAUUUUAGUUUUCGUCUUAGUCUUUUUAGCCUUCUGUGGUAUCGUUGCUGUCGCUGUUCAUAAGAAGAUUAAGGCUAAGAAGUCUAACCAAAGAUUCUAA